GGCAGCGCGACCUGUCGUCCUCCCUUGAACGGGUGGUGGAGACCUGAAGGAAUUCUUGAAUUUAUUGACAAAUAACUUUCUACUGAUCACUGAGCAAAAUGGCAGAAAGUUUGGCAAGUAUUUAUCAUCUCAGUACACCCAUUUCUGACCUCUAUAUUUUACAUGGAGCUAUCAGCAGUUCCUUGGGGAAAAAAGAUGCAAGGUAAAGGUUCCUUUGUACUGUUUUGGACUUCAAUAUGAAAGAAAUUGCCUGAUAACAUCACAUGAAUUGAUACCGUCCUGAUUGUUGAUGAAUUGUUGGUGGACUACACCAGCAUGGCUCAUUCAUUUGACUCAGCAAGAAGAGAGAUGACAGAUGCAAUACACCCCAGCAAUCAUGCUGGUAGUGCAAACACAGCAACAAAGUACCUGCUGAAGAAGCAGUACAAGCAAAUAAAUGGACAGCCUCGAGCAACCCGAUCUAAUUCACCCAUGGGCAGGGUGAUCCUUAUCACUGCUGGUAUUGAAGACUGUGAUUCAGCUGAGGCAAUCCACAACAUCACUGUGGGGAAAAGCCUUGAUGGGAAGCUGGGAUUCAGUGUCCGUGGAGGCUCUGAGCAUGGUCUUGGAAUAUUUGUUAGCAGAGUAGAAGAGGGAAGUGCAGCUGACCAAAGUGGCCUCUGCUUAGGUGAUAAAAUUAUGGAGGUUAAUGGGAUCAGCUUUGAGAAUAUCACCAUGGGAAGUGCUGUCACCGUACUCACUGGGAGCAAUCGCUUACGUUUGGUGGUCAGACGCUUGGGAAAAGUGCCAGGAAUCAAAUAUUCUAAAGAACUUACCACAUGGGUUGACACAACAACAAGGAGGAUAAUAGCAGAGAAAACACAAAGUUCUGCAGAUGCUGUAUCUGAGGAUGGAGCCAGGAGAAUUAUCCAUCUUUACACCAGUUCAGAUGAUGUGUGCCUAGGUUUUAAUAUUAGGGGCGGAAAGGAAUUUGGCUUGGGAAUAUAUGUGUCCAGAACUGAUCCUGGUGGAUUAGCAGAGCAGAAUGGCAUUAAAGUUGGAGACCAAAUUCUGGCAGCCAAUGGAAUAAGCUUUGAGAAAAUCACCCAUAGCAAAGCAGUAGAAAUCCUGAAGAGUUACACACACAUUAUGUUGACAAUAAAGGAGGUUGGCAGAUAUCCUGCAUACAAGGAAAUGCUGGCAGAAUACAGCUGGCUGACCAAAUUGACAAAUAAUCAUUCUCAGCGUUUUGGCUCAGACACAAAUUCUUCCACUUCAUCUCAUUCAUCUGGGACACCUUUGAGCUCCAUGAGUGAUUCUUUACAGGUCUUCCUCCCAACUACCCACAGUUCAACUGACAUGGUAGAUGUAUGUAUUUCCACAGAGGACUCCAAAUCUCUGCAGUAUAAUCGUCUAGAGACAAUAGAGACUGCUAUACAGACAGACCUCCAGCUGUCUCCCUCCUCAAAUAUUGACGUUACAGGUGAACAAAGGCCAGGAAAGGCAGCGAGAGAAAGAAGCAGGACGCUUGGCCGCACUGUACUCUUGAAGGAAACGGCCAUUAGGUCAGAUAGUUUUAAGGAAACGCAUAUCAGAUCAAGAACUUACUCCACAGGAGAUUCCGCUGAUGAAUUUUUGGACUGUCCAAAAACUGCAGUGCUGAUGGCUCUGAGCAAGCCAAGGAAACCAAUUAGCCGAUCACAGAGUUAUAUUACUAUCGGAGAGGACAAGAAAAAAAAGAGAAAGAAACAAAAGAGCUCCGAGAAAGAAACAAAAUUGCAGCGGUCCAAGACAUUUGUGAACAUCUUUUUUAGAAGUGGUCGAUCUGGAAAGCAGUCAAGUGAGCAAAGUCCAAAAGAGAAAGACAGAUUGAAGAUCCCAUCUCACUCAGAGUCAGACAAAGUAACUGCUGUUCAAAAGUUUGUCAUCAGAAGUCUUAAGCGAGAUAAAGAAAGAGGCCAUCGCUUUAAAAUUUCGGGCUCUCAGACAGACCAAAAUGGGCUCUCCAUAACAGACACAUAUAGUCACUGCCUAGCUGUGAUUGAAGACAUUGCAAGGAAACUCCUGAAUCAAGAUGAAGUAAAUGCCAUUUUGCGUCACUGUAAACAGUAUGUUUCAGGUGGUGGGGUGGAAGAUCUGGUGCGACCUCUACUUCAUAUAUUAGAUAAACCAGAGAAGCUGCUGAUACUGCGAGAAAUCAGGACCAUCAUUGGACCAACUGACCUAGGGAGGUUCGACAGUAUGGUCAUGCCUUAUGAACUGGAAGCAUAUGAUAUUCUGAAGAUCAGAGCAGGGAGAUCUCCAGUGCUUAGGCAAGCUGAUUAUAGAUUGACCCCAAAGAGACACCUGAUUACACCAAUUCCAGAUUAUAGAGGUGGUUUCCACCUGAAACCAUUUCAGGAUUAUGAAAACGAAAGAAUGAUGAUGGAGGAAAUCGAGAGGUUAAAGAUCUCAGCUUCACUCCGGCAAGAAAAUAACCGUAAACCAUUCACGGCUUUAGAAGAUGUACCUGUGGAUAAGUAUGACAUCGAUAGUACUUCAUUUAAACCUGUUUCCCGCAGUCCAGUGAGGUCAAACUGGUUGUUGGCAGAGUCCUACAGGACUGCAGAACUACCAUCUGCUGCAAAGCAAAAUGCCAAUACAACCGAAUCUGAGGUGUUGGACAAACAGUCUGGUAAUGGCAAAACUAGAGGAACAACAAAGUCAAACCAUCACAAAACUGAAAAAGAGAAAACUGAGAAAAAUAAAGACCUGCCAUUGUAUUCAGUGGUGAACAAAUCCAAAAAAACAAGGCCUGUUUUAGAUCAGGUGUUUGGAGAAACUUUGCCCAGUAGCAAGGGAACCUUACACAGGGUGAACACAACCAUAGAUGGUCAAGAUGAGCUCAAGGAAGAACCGAUUUAUGCAGAGAUUAAGGAAUUCUUGGAAAAUGGUCAUGAAGAAAGAAAAAACAUCAAUGAUGGAAUUAAAACAAAAACAGUGAAAAGCACAGAAAAUAAAGUUCAAGAAUUUGAGCUGGUGACAGUCAAAGUGUCCAAGAUGAAACAGUCAUUAGGAAUCAGCAUUUCAGGUGGCAUUGAGUCUAAAGUUCAACCCGUGGUGAAAAUCGAGAAGAUUUUUCCAGGAGGGGCUGCGUCAGUCAGUGAAACCCUUAAGGCUGGUUAUGAAUUGGUUUCAGUUGAUGAAGAAAGCCUACAAAACGUCACCCACCGACAAGCAGUGGAUAUAAUUCGUCAAUCCUUCAGUAACAAAUCGCUGGACCCGAUGGUGUUUGUGGUUAAGGUACCCAAGAACAGCUGAAGACUAAAUCUGUCAGGACAUGAUAGACUCACGGAGUAUAAUUCCUGAUUACUGCACA